UUAUUUAUUUUUGUUUCUGUAUAAUCAAUCAAAUCUUCACAGCGAUUUUACUUAUGAUCCAUUCAGUCAUUCAUUCAUUCAUUAAUAAGUGGCAGUAGUAGUGCACAUUAAUAUAUCACAUUAAUGAGUUGGAGGGCAGGGCAAGGCAGGUUGCAGUCGUCUCCUCAUCUCGUCCAGUUGCACUAGCACCCCCACCCUCGCCCCCUUCACCACUAUCGUUUCACGAAACCCCCCACCAUCUAUUUGCCUCCUCUCUCUCUCUCCCUCUCUCUCGACUUGGCUGUUUGUGGUUUCCGACAAUUUGACGCAAGAAACCUCCCGGCCUUCUACGGGCCGGCGAAACCAUCAAAACCCAAAGGAUUCGGUCAAUUGUUUGAAUGUGGGAGUUUUGGAGAAAGCAUAAGAGGAAAGUGUAUGUUACACUUGGAGUUUUUGGCAGUGGAUAUCUGCUUUACAAGAUCUAUGAUGCUCGCAGACGUAGGCUCUGUGAUCUUGAGACGCAACUCUCUGCUGAGAGGGAAAGCGAGGAGCUCAUAAAAACCCAGAUUCAAGCACAUUUUGAGAGUGUUCAGAUAAUAGCUGACUCAACCACACUUCCUCAUGUGAUGCAAUUCUUAGAAAAUCAAAUAAAUGAGAACUUGGAUCUUACGCACUUGACUGAGAGGCUAAUCCAGGGAAAGGGGCACCCAAACACUCUAACUGCCAGCGAGAAGCUUGAAUUAUGGGACAGGCUCAAAAUUCUGAGUUUUACAAAAAUGUUGUCAUCAAUUUGGGCCGUGACUAUGUUGAGCCUCUACAUUAGGGUGCAAGUGAACAUACUAGGGAGGCAUCUAUAUAUAGAUACAGCACGAGGUCUGGAAAGUUCUCAGCUGCUUGAAGAAGCAGAACUAAUUGACAAAAAUGAUGAACGCCAAUUUUUGGCCUGUGCUGAUUACCUUUCUCAUUCUGGCCUGGUUGGUUUAAUUCCUCUUGUAGAGGCUGCAACAGUAGAAGUCCUCAAGGGUUUUUGCCAUUGUAAAGGACUCAAGAACGUUAAGAUUCAGAGCUUCUCAAGAAAGCAACUGAAGGAUUUCUUCGAUGAUUCAGUGCUCUAUGAUACAUUGAUUCACAUAGUGGAAACUUUGAUGGUCAUGGGAAACCCUCAUCAUUGGGUGGGAUAUUUAAUGCCUGAAGUUGCUGGAGACUACAGAACUCUUGCUUCCUCCAGUGGCAGUGGGUCAGAUCUUCUACACAAUACAAAGUUUGAGUUACUUAUGGAAGAAACUCGUGCAGUAUUAUCGAGUGGUGAAUUUGCGAAUGUUGUGGACAUAUCCCUGAGAAGGCUGGUGCAUGAAGUGUCGAAUGAUAUGGUUAUUGAGUGCGGAGAAAAUAAUUUGAAGUCGGGGAUGGCGCUUGCAAGGCUGAUACCAAGAAUAGCUCGCCGGGGGCAGCUGCUGCUUGCCGAACCGAACAGAAGUAGAUACAUCCAUAUUAUCCGAAGCAUACCAGAGGUUGAACUAUUCUUUACUCUACUCUACUCAACCACACUGGUUUCAUAAGAGGGUUGUGUUAGUGAGUGAGUGAGUGGAUGUAGUAGAAUCAUAUUAUUAUUAUCAUCAUCAUCAUCAUCAUUGACACAUCAACACCAACGGCUUGUUUGUCUGUGUUGUUUGUUUGUGCAAGACAGCAGCAGCAGCAUAUAUAUAUAUCUUAAUUAUAUAAUUCUUAUAUGCCCUUCCGUAAUAAUGUUAAUCGGGUUCCUGGGGGAUAUUGUAGAUUUGAAUUCUCCCAUUACAAUCAUAUAAUCUUUGAGUAUAACAAACCGUAGUAGUAGUAGUGUGUUGUUUUGGGAUGGUAUGGAACGGAAUGGAAUAAUAUGUUUCUCAAGUGUUGGGAAUAAUCUGCAAAAUUAAAAAGCUAUUAUUAUAAGUUUGUGAAGUUUUGACAGGCCAGGUUCAACUUACUCUCGCUGUUUAUUUAUUUGAAAAAGAAUGAAGGGGUGGGGUGGGGUUUUGGUUGCCAUUUUAGUCUGGGAAGAAGUAACAGUACCCCGCCCGCCUACCCAUGUAGAGAUUAGAUUGGAGGAGGGGAUUCGUUUUCAUCUCUACUAGUAAUUACCUACCACUACUUACUACUGGUGUGUGCGUGUGGGGGUGGUACUUACUGGUAAUGAAUUGUUUGUUGACUUGUUUCUUUCUUGUGGUACUCGCUCGCUCGCUCUUCUUCUACAUUUACACAGCACAGCACUGCACUGCACGGAUGCAACUUCAGCAGUGAGAAGGCAAUUGCAAUGCAAAAGCAAGCAGGUUGGAAGUCGAAUUAAAUUAGGGCAGGCAGCCUCCCCUCCCCCACCCACUUGGACGGUUUGACCCGACUGAUCAACGACGGCACUCACUACUCUUCUGCAACAAGGACGACACUGCCAGGCUGGCUGGCUGAACAGAGAUCAAUAAAUAAAUAAUUCUGUCAAACCCUAUCACCAUUUAUUUUCAUUUGCGCAGCAGUGAAAAUUACAAACCUUUAUCUUUAAAAAUCUCAAAGUUUGAUUUAUGGGGAGAGGUAGGUGUAAUAAUUAAUAACUAACGACGUUAUUUCUUGUAUCAUUGCAAAUGUCACAGUGAGAGAGGGUAUAGUUGGGGACCAAUCGAACUGUGCAUAAAUGAACAUCUUAUCUUUUGUAUCUGUCUGUUUAGAAAUCCUGUGAUGAAUAUAUUGUACUCAACUAAUCCACAUAUCAGUAAUGCAUGCAUGUUGAUGAUGAUACAUAUACAGAUAUAUACUUGCAUUACAUAUUAGUAGAGUAGUAAUAUAUACAAGGAAGGGCUUUGGAUGAAACCACAGAUGGAUGGAUCGAUCCAUGGAGGGUUUUGUUUUCUUGUUGGAAUACGCAAGUACCUAUUCAGCUUCUGAUGAUGAUGACAACAAGUGGAAAAACAAACAAAAAAUAACUUAAUUAGGCAAAUAUCCUAUCCUCUCCUAUCCUAUCCUAUCCUAUCCGCCCAUCUUUCUUGUGCCAGACUGCUGCAAUACUAACGCAUCCGAUCCGACCUGUUAUCAAAAAAUAUUAAUAGAAAUGUCAAAUUCAAAAUGGGUAAGAAACAAGUAUAUAUUAUAGAUUUUAUAUGCAGGACAAACAAUAUAAAAAAUAAUAAUAAUAAUAAUAAUAAAAAUAAAGAGUGACAAGUUCAGGAAUAUUUACUGAAGGAAAGCUUACCCAAACGCAUUUGACUGACCCGUUUAAAAACCAAAUAUGGCAAGGUAGAUCUAAACAAAAGAUUCAAGAGAUUUAUUAUCAGUUUCCAUGCAGAGAGAGAGAGAGAGAGAGAGAGGGAGGGAGGGCACCCGAUUCGCCGAAAAGUUAGGUAUGGAUGACCUCCGCAGAAAAUCCAAAUGGGCAACGGAAUGAAUCUAAGGGCAAUACAUAUACAUACAUAUAUAUAUAUGGGCACAUGUACGUAUACAGACAACAAAACAACAAACCACACAUUCAAAGAAUAACUCUUUUUCUUGUAGAAAACAAUAAUACUGCGUAUAUGUAUAUAUAUCCCCUAUGACGCAACAAAACACACACACAGAUCAGGUGUAUAAAUAUAUAUAUAUAUAUGUAUAUAGGGCAAAUCAAAGGCGUAGAGCUCCCUUCAAUCCAAACAAGGAUCCAGCCUUAGGGUAAUGGAAGCUCCUGAGGUAUGCAAGCCACAGACCCAUCCGCCACUGUAACUCCGACCCAACCCGAUCUACUGUAACAUGAACAUGGGUGGGAGGCGGGGCGUGGCAUGCGGAUAGGGCUGAGGGAUCCAUAUAUCAGCAGCUUCAUUUUCCCUGCAAGUUCCUCUAUUGGACUUCAAGGAGCUCCACUCCCAUACCCCUAUUUACCUAUCCAUUUAUCUACCUGCCUGCCUACCAACCAAUCAAUCAAUCUCACCCCCCACCCCCACCCCCAAAACAUACACAUACCA